CCACUUCGGCGCCCCUUCUGCGCCGGCGCGCCGCGCCGCCCCGCCUCUCCUUCCUGCGGCGGCUAAGGGACCAUGGCCGAUCCUCGCGUGAGGCAGAUUAAGAUCAAGACCGGAGUGGUGAAGCGAUUGGUCAAAGAAAAAGUGAUGUAUGAAAAAGAAGCAAAGCAGCAAGAAGAAAAGAUUGAAAAAAUGAAGGCUGAAGAUGGUGAAAACUACGCCAUUAAGAAGCAGGCAGAGAUCCUGCAAGAGUCCCGGAUGAUGAUUCCAGAUUGCCAGCGUCGGUUAGAGGCUGCAUAUACUGAUCUUCAGCAGAUAUUAGAAAGUGAAAAAGACUUGGAAGAAGCUGAGGAGUACAAAGAAGCCCGUGUAGUGCUGGAUUCUGUGAAGCUAGAAGCCUGACAUUUUUCUGUACAGGAUUUUUUUUUUGCAUUAAAUUCUGGGGUCCAUUCUACAAUUCGUUAUUUUCAGCCACUGCUGUGUUUAAUAAUAUGAAAACGUGGUUCUUUUUAUGCAGUUGCAUAUAUUUUUCUUUGCAUAACUUAAUGUGUCAAAUAAAUGAGUUCAACUAAUAAAA